AUGGGACAAGAUAGAGCUCUCGAAAGAUUUCAAAAGUUCUCUCCUCCUAAAUUCCUGGGAGGACCGGACCCUGAGAGAGUUGAGAGAUGGUUAGAGACCAUGAUCAAUAUCUUUGCCACUCUGAACUAUGGGGAGGAUAGGCAAGUGCAAUUCACCAUUUUUCAGUAUGAAGGUCCGGCCAGGGCUUGGUGGAAUGUGGUUAGAGCUAUGUGGGAGAGAGAGGGAAUCACAUGGACCUGGUUGAAUUUCGUGCGGGAAUUUAACGAAAAAUACAUUCCACCUAUCGUCCAGGAGAAAAGAGAUGACGAUUUUAUUAAACUCUGGCAGGGAACAUUGAGUGUAGCUGAGUAUGAAACCCACUUUACGAAAUUGUCUAAAUUUGCUCUUGAAUUGAUAGCCACGGAGCUAAGGAGAAUACGGAGGUUUGUGCAAGGGUUCAAUGUAGAAAUACAAGAGGCCUUAGCGGCGGCCCAGAUCAAUACUUUCACUGAGGUUUUGGAGAAGGCCCAGGGAAUCGAGACUGCUAGGGCACAAGUGAGAAAUUUUCACGCAAAACGAAAAGGGGCUCCGGGUGGAAGUCAAAAGCCGGCACAAAAUGAUCGAAGUGUGCCAUCCUCUAAAGUCGAUCGUGGGGCUGAGGUGGAAGGUUUACGGGUACCUCGAGAGGGAGGUACACCGAGGAGAGGCCAAGGUGGAAGAGGACAAGAGAGAGGUGGUCCACAGGGGGGCCAGACCUCCACUCCCCGAGUAUCGUGUGGCUAUUGUGGAAAAUCAAACCACACCAAGGAUAAUUGCUGGAGAAAGGCCCGGGAGUGCCUAAGGUGUGGAAGUACGGAGUACUAG